AUGCCAGGCACAGCCCCCAAAAAUCCGUCCGCGCGCACGGUACACGCCGGCCGCGCGCUUCCAUACGGCGCGUCGCCGACUUCCCGCGGCACCAACUUCGCCAUCUACGCGCGCGAGACCACCUCCGUCGCCCUGCUACUCACCGUCGACGCCACGGAAUCCGUCCACCCGCUGGACCCCUCCCUAAACCGCACGGGCCACGUGUGGCACGUCGAGCUGGUCCCCCCCGUCCCCGCCGCCGCGGCGUACGCGUGGCGCGUGGGCCGCGAUAAGGACCCGCGCUGGCGCUCCAACGUCUGCCUCGACCCGUGGGCCACGGUCCUCGAUUCCCCAGUCGGCCCAGCCGCGUUCAAUGAUCGUAGCUCAAAAACGGAGCAGUACUCCCCGCGCGCGCUCGUCGCGCCCCCGACGGUGUUCGAUUGGCAGGAUGUAGCCAAGCCACGCAUCGCUUGGAAGGACAUGGUCAUAUACGAGCUGCACGUGCGCGGCUUCUCAAAGAGGGCUCCCGAUAUAGGGCCCACUAAACUGAAAGGGAGUGCGGGUAGCUUCGUUGGUGUUGUGGAGAGGAUCCCGUAUCUGAAGAGCCUCGGCGUCAAUGUCGUCGAGCUGCUCCCGGUCAUGGAGUACAAUGAGCGCGAGUGGAGCCACAUCAACCCCGAAUCUAACAAGCCGCUCAGUCAGUACUGGGGCUAUUCCACCGUCGCCUUCUUCGCCCCGAUGAACCGCUUCGGCCGCGACGGCUCGUCCCCCGCGCAGGUACUCGCAGAAUUUAAAUACAUGGUGCGCGAGCUGCAUCGGGAGGGCAUCGAGGUCAUCCUUGACGUCGUGUACAAUCAUACCGCAGAAAUGGGGCUAGACUUCGUCGGCCCCGGGUUUUACGGCAUGAAGACACUCGCCCCGUUUUCUUACUACGUGCUCCGCGAUGGUGGCCACACCUUUGUCAAUCACUCUGGAUGCGGCAACACCGUCAACUCGAACAAUCCGGCCACACAGGAGCUCAUAUGUGCCAGCUUACGCUACUGGGCUCAUGAAAUGGGUGUCGAUGGCUUCCGCUUCGACCUGGCCAGCAUAUUAUGUCGUGGUGUGGAUGGCGAGCCGCUUGCCGACCCCCCUAUUAUCGAACGCAUGACGAAAGACCCUACUAUGAGGGACGUCAAGCUUAUCGCGGAGCCAUGGGAUUGUGGUGGCCUUUAUCAGGUUGGCACCUUUCCUCACUUUGGUGUGUGGGCUGAGUGGAAUGGCAAGUUUCGGGACUGUGUGCGCCGUUUUGUCAAAGGAGAUGGUGGUAUGAUUGGUGAGUUUGCAACUCGCUUAUGCGGUUCGCAAGACUUGUAUGGCGACGGGCGCAAGCCCUUCCACUCGAUCAAUUUUAUCACGGCACAUGACGGCUUUUCCAUGCACGACUUGGUCGCAUACGACAAGAAGCACAACCACCAAAAUGGUGAGAACAAUAAUGACGGCGAAGCGCAUAAUAAUUCUUGGAACUGCGGCGCGGAAGGUGACACGUCGGAUGGCAACAUUCUCGCACUUCGGCGGCGGCAAAUGAAAAACAUGCUCGUCGCACUUCUCGUCGCCGCCGGCACGCCCAUGCUCACUAUGGGAGAUGAGUAUGGUCACACUAAGAAGGGCAACAAUAACGGCUGGUGCCAGGACUCAGAACUGACUUGGUUUGAUUGGGGGGCUGCGAAGGCCGACAAACAUGGGCUCAUGCGGUUCACCUCCAAGCUCGUGCGUCUGCGCCGUUCAGUGAGUUCGCUGCAACAUGACACAUUUUUAUCCGACCGUGACAUUGCCUGGCACGGAAGCAAUGGCGGACAGCCAGAUUGGAAGUCCUCUUACAACUUUCUUGCCAUGUCGUUCAAGGGUGCGUGUGAGAUAUACGUAGCUUUCAAUGCCGGGGGGGAAAGUCGAGACCUGCAGCUGCCACAUGUGCACGGCGGCUGGGAGAGGGUCAUAGACUCCAACCUUGAACCACCGAAAGAUUUCGCCGAUGAAGGGCAGGCCGCAAAGCUGGACGGUGGCAGCUCGUACAAAAUCAUGCCAUUCUCUUGUCUUCUUUUGCGCCAGAACGGCAGAGAUGGGGAGGGUCAAAAAUUGGAUGACGUAGUCCAGGCAUUCGAAUCUGUUGAAAUAAGCAACCUUCCGGAGGCGUGAAGCAUGCCUACCAUUUUUGUUUUUUAAAUCGCGGAACCAAGGGGUAGACGAUUCCUUAUACCACAUACGUGCUGUGCCCCUGCGUGUACCCAUCAGUGCAUAUUCUGCACCCGAGAUUUUUGUACCUUCACCCAUCAAGUUUGGAAACAGGCUUAGAGCCACGAUCAAUUUUGGGAUGCACCACAUCGACUUCGGUCUGUUAGGGUUUAGAUACACUCAAUGUUUAACAAUGCUUGAACGCCGGAGCUUCACGGGGAAAAAAGUUAAUCUUGAGCAAUUCACACUCCCAUGUCGGGCUUUCGUAAGGGGGCCCCACAUCGCAGUCGCUUUCAAAAAAAGGCACAAACAGCUCCCCAGUAAGCAACCCAAGCAGGUACAUUCUCCUCUUUUUACGCUCUCCCUGAUUAGCCCUAGAAUUCAAAAGGUAUGUGACCUAUAGACUACUUGUUGCUUCUCUUAAUUCUGCGCAGAGGAGUAAACUUAAGACGCAUGCUGCGACGUCUAUCGUCUCCUCGUGAA